AUGCUGGGCUAUGUCGAUGGAACUAUGGUUCCACCACCUCGCUUUGAACCAGAAACCUCUUCAACACUCAACCCCAAAUAUUUGGCAUGGAGAGCAGCCGAUCAACGACUUCUCUGUCUCCUGCUCUCCUCUCUCACUGAGGAAGCCAUGGCUGUUGUCGUUGGUCUCUCUACUGCACGUGAUGUUUGGCUUGCGUUGGAAACUACGUUCAGCCAUCAGUCGAAAGCUCAUUUAGUCUCUAAAGCUGAAAGUUUUGAGUUGUUUCAGCGCUCCCUUGAGUCCUCUGACACCACUCCUACAGCAUUCACAGCCACUAAUCGUGGUCGCACCCAUGGAAGCCACCCUGCUUCCUUUACCAACCAGCGAGGUCGUUCUUAUUCUCACAAAAACAACUCUUCUAAUCGAGGACGAACCCACUCAAGUCAGGGUCCUCGACCACCUCACUGCCAAAUAUGCUGCAAAGAGGGCCAUUAUGCUGAAGAGGGCCAUUAG